AUGGUCCUCAUCUGGAACGGCCUGGCGGCUGGAGACAGGGAGUAUUGUGCCAUCCUCGUAGCCAUCAACUCCAUUCUGCAGAUGGUGCUCUUCGCACCGCUCGCUGUUUUCUCCAUUGGAGUAAUCAGCGGUGAAGAGGGACAUCUGGAAGUGUCAUACGAGACCGUUGCUACGAGUGUCGGCGUCUUUUUAGGCAUCCCGCUUGGUGCCGCCAUCCUCACCAGAUUCUCCUUGCGGGCCCUGGCCGAAUCGGCAUGGUACGACAGAGUGUUUCUCCGAUUCGCGGCGCCGUGGUCUCUCAUCGGUCUGCUAUACACAAUCAUUGUCCUCUUCACGUCCCAAGGCAGGCAAGUCGUCCAUCAAAUCGUCUCCGUCGUCCGUGUCGCGGCGCCGCUUGUCGUUUACUUCGUUGCUAUUUUCUUUUUUACGCUUUGCAUAGCCAAGAAAUUCGGUUUCAGUUACCCUCUAUGCGUAACUCAGAGCUUCACGGCAGCGAGCAAUAAUUUUGAGCUUGCCAUUGCGGUGGCCGUGGCUACGUACGGUCCGGAGAGUGAUCAAGCACUAGCCUCGACUGUAGGCCCGCUGAUUGAAGUUCCGGUACUUCUGGGCUUGGUGUACAUUGUCCGGCUUGCUCGCGGGCGGUGGGCUUGGAAGGAGUAA